AGUGAUCCAAGUUAAUGCAACAGAUCUAGAUGAAGGGCCAAAUGGUGAGGUUAUAUAUUCAUUUGGACGUGACGUUGAUGGACGAGUAAGUGCACUUUUUGAUUUGAACCAAGUGACUGGAGUCAUUACUGUGACACAGGACAUAGAUUUUGAAGAAAGUGGAAGAUAUGAAAUUGAUAUUCAGGUAUCAGACAAAGGUGCAGCUCCACUGACAACAGAUAAAAUUGUCAUAAUCAAUAUUGUUGACGUCAAUGACAACGCACCAGAGAUUGAAGUAACAUCUUUUUCAAGUGCACUCCCAGAGGAUUCAAAACCAGGAACAACAGUAGCGUUGAUUAGUGUAAAGGACUCUGAUUCUGGUCUCAAUGGAAAAGUCAUGUGUUACAUAAAUCAAGAUCUCCCUUUUCUUCUCACUCCAUCUUUACAAAAUAACAUGUAUUCUCUGGUUACUAAACAGCUUUUGGAUCGAGAACAACAGUCACAAUACAAUGUAGUAAUUGUAGCAAAGGAUGCAGGUGAGCCAUCCUUAUCAUCAGAGAAAACUAUAACAAUUGAUGUGUCAGAUGUGAAUGAUAACAGUCCAGAGUUCUCACACAGUCCAUAUACUUUCUACAUAACUGAGAAUAACAAUCCAGGAGCAGCUAUUUUUUCGGUGACAGCCCGAGACAAUGAUGAGGGGAGUAAUGCUGUUAUUUCAUAUAUGAUCUCAAGAGAUAGAGGAGAAAAUCUGCUGACUUCAUUUCUUAACGUCAACUCCGAAAAUGGAGAUAUUUUGGCGCUGAAAAGUUUUGACUUUGAAAUGUUGAAAACUUUCCAGUUCCAAGUUGUUGCCACAGAUUCUGGAGCUCCGUCUCUCAGCACCAACGUCACAGUCAACGUGUUCAUUCUGGAUCAGAACGACAACGCUCCAGUCAUCCUGUAUCCACUCAGCUCCAAUGGAUCCGCUGAAGGUGUGGAGGAGAUUCCCAGAAAUGUCAACGCAGGACACUUGGUCACCAAAGUCAGAGCCUAUGAUGCUGAUAUAGGAUAUAACGGCUGGCUGCUCUUCUCACUGCAGGAACUCACUGACCACAGUCUCUUUGCUUUGGACCGAUAUACAGGACAGAUCAGAACACUUCGCUCAUUCACAGAGACAGACGAGGCUGAACACAAACUGGUCAUACUGGUCAAAGACAAUGGAAACGUUUCACUCUCAGCAACAGCUACUGUCAUUGUCAAACUUGUGGAGCCCAAAGAGGCUUUUGCAGCGUCUGAUGUCAAAAGUGCAGCAAAAGUAGAUGAAGAUGACAAUGUGACAUUUUAUCUGAUGAUAACUUUGGGAUCAGUUUCAGUGCUUUUUCUCAUCAGCAUCAUCGUUCUGAUUGCAAUGCAGUGCUCCAGAUCCACAGACUAUAUUUCCAAAUAUCUACAAGAGACUAAUUAUGAUGGGACACUGUGUCACAGCAUCCAGUACAGAUCUGGAGACAAACGCUACAUGUUAGUUGGACCCAGAAUGAGUAUAGGAUCUACUAUAGUUCCUGGAAGUCAUGCAAAUACACUAGUGCUACCUGACAGGAGGAGGGCAUCUGAAGAGCUCUGA